AUGACGAGCACUACUUCGCCGGCAGCUGUCCUCGACGCCAUGCGCGACAUUGAACGCGCUUCCUCAUCGGAUGAUGAGAAACUUCACGAUAGCAAACAAUCCGGCGGCCUUGGUGGUAGCAUUGUACCUCCGUUGUACGCAACCGAUACCCCCCGAUCCGAGCCAAGCCUGGUCUACGACGCUGCAAGGGAGAAAGCGUUGGUCCGCAAGAUUGAUUGGUACAUCGUUCCUACCGUUGCGCUGCUGUAUCUUAUGUGCUUCAUUGACCGAGCCAACGUCGGCAACGCACGAAUCGCCGGGCUCGAAAAGGAUCUCGGCAUGAACCCCAAGUCGUACCAAUUCAACAUCCUGCUCACCGCCUUCUAUGCCGCCUACGCCGCGUUCGAGAUCCCCUCGACCACGCUCACCAAAAUCCUCGGCCCCGGCCGCUGGAUCCCCGCCAUGGCGUUCCUCUUUGGCCUGCUCAGCAUGGCCAACGCAUUCGUCACCAACUUUGGGAGCGCCGUCGUCGUGCGCCUGCUCCUCGGUGUCGCCGAAGCGGGCAUGCUGCCGUCCAUCGCGUACUACCUGAGCCGGUGGUACAAGAAGGACGAGCUCGUGUUCCGGUUGGGGCUGUACCUUGUGACGGCUCCGUCGGCGGGUGCGUUUGGCGGGUUGUUGGCAUCCGGCAUCCUGAAGAUCCCGCAUAUGGGGAGCGUCAGGUCGUGGGAGAUGAUCUUUUUGAUCGAGGGCCUGAUUACGAUGGUGGUAGCGAUUGUGGGCUACUUUACGUUGACGGACUCGAUCCAUACGGCGAGGUGGUUGACGGAGGAGGAGAAGGUGUUUCUGCAGGCGCGCUUGAAGUCGGAGCUGGUCGGACAGAAGGAUCUGGUAGACAAGACGCACAAGAAGCUGCUGUGGAAGGGGAUUACUUCGACAACCUCGCUCUGCUGCGCUGCUAUCUUCCUUCUGGAUAACAUUGCGGUCCAGGGUACAGCCGUCUUCCUUCCCACCACGGUUAAGGCCAUCUUCCCAGCACCCAAACACACGGUGAUCGACCAGCAGCUGCUCACCGUGCCGCCCAACAUCGCCGGCGCGAUCGCCACGCUCGCCUUCACCUACUGCGCGGCCAAAUUCCGCAUCCGCUCCGUCUUCACCAUUGCAGGCAGCAUCGUCAUGGUCAUCGGAUACGCAAUGCUGGUGGGGAGCAACAACCUCUACGUCCGCUAUGCAGCUUCGUUCUUCGCCACCUCGGGCGCAUUCACCCAGGGCGCGCUCCUACCGGCCUACGCCGCGGUCAACGCAAACAACGACAGCGAGCGCACGGGCGCCAUCGCCGUCACUGUUUUCUUUGGCAACAUCGGCGGGCUGAUCAGUUGCUGGACCUACCUCAACAAGUACGCGCCGCACUUUUUGCCGGGCAAUGCGCUCAACUUGGCCGGCGGCGUGGCCAUGGCGUUGAUUGGUGUCGGCUUGGUGUGCUGGCAGAGGUGGGAGAACCAGCAGAGGGACGCUGGCAGGAGGGACUGGCGCUUGGAAGGGUUGAGCGAGGAUGAGAUUUACUUGCUUGGCUCGGAUCACCCGCAUUUCAGGUUGAGGUACUAG